AUGGCUGAAUCGAACGUCAAAAAGUUUGCAAGUAAUCAAGUGUUUGGAAGAUAUCAGAAACUUUCGUUGGUUUCGGUUCUUUCCCAAAUGCCAGAUUUUCACUGGUGCUCCAAUCCAGGAUGUGGAUCAGGACAAAUUCAUUACGAAGGACAGGCGGCACCAAUAAUGACGUGUCAAUCCUGCUUCCAAAAAUCAUGCGUGAUCCACUCUCUAGCCAUUCGAAAUAACUCUUCACACUGUCCUCAAUGCGAAAACUUAGCUAGAGCGUUCGAACAAGCACACGAACAAGUACAUGACUUCGUCACUAAAGUUCUUAUUGAGCAAGGACACGACGCGCCACAAACAGACGAAGAUAAAAUGAUAUUUGAAAGUCAUUUUGAUGCAAUGAUCAGAGAAAUUGCAUAUAGUAUUGCAGAGGGAGGUGAUGGCUCAGCUGCUUUAUCUGCCGCAAGAAAUGAUCAAGAACAAAUUCAGAAAAAACGUAGAGAGGAACAGAUGAAAAAAUUAGAAGAAGAAACUAAAGCUUUUAUUUCAUCUAUGUCGAAAAAGUGUCCGAAGUGUAACGUUAAUAUCGAAAAGAAUGGAGGUUGUGAUCAUAUGACUUGUCGUGCUCGUGGAUGUGGAUAUGAAUUUUGUUGGAAGUGUCGCGGUGAUUGGAAAACUCAUAGGAGAUGUUCCUAA